UAUUUAGCACCAAAAUACUCCAUUACCGAAUUUUGAUCUUCUUCCUUGUGUCGAUUGAGUGUCCUAAAUGCAUUUCGGUUGCAUGAAAAACCUCUUUUUCCGUUUCCCUUUUCACCCCUAAUCCAAAUUCCUCAUCUUGCCUUCAACCCUCAUUAUUCCAUUGAGCUUCCUUUGAGAAAAGGAGCUUCUUUUCUUUUCAUCCCACCUCUCCAAUUCCCAUUAUUCCUCCCCAAUUUUCAGUUUUCCGCCUUUUAUAAAAAUUACCAUUACUUCCCAACCUUUUCGAUCGUACCACUUUGAGAGGAAGAUGUUUGACCGGCUGUUGAAAAGCAAGUUUUUUUCGAAAUGCAAGUCGGAUAUUAAGCUGACGCGGACGCGAAUCGAGAUUAUUACGAAAAAGAGGAAUGCAACGCAGAAAUAUCUGAGGAAUGAUGUUGCUGAUCUGCUUAGAAAUGGAAUGGAUUCUCACGCCUUUGACAGGGCGGAAGGGCUUCUUGCUGAGAUGAACAGGUCUCAGUGUUAUCAGUUGAUAGACGAGUACUGUGAACAUAUCUUGAAGAAUCUCCCUGCCAUGAACAAACAGGGGGAAUGCCCCGAAGAGUGCAGAGAAGCUGCAGCAUCGUUGAUGUUUGCUGCAGCGAGAUUUGCUGAUCUACCUGAGCUGAGGGAGCUGAGAACCAUGUUUUCUGAGAGAUACGGGAAGUCCUUGGAUUAUUACGUCAGCAAACAGUUGACCGAGAAGCUGAAGCCCGAUCCUCCAUCAAAAGAAGCGAAACUUCUGUUAUUGCACGAAAUAGCUGCAGAAUCUGGCUUAGAUUGGGAUGCAAAAGCUCUGGAAAAUAAGCUUUUCAAUGAGUCUCCAUAUGCUAAGAAUCGUGUGAAUGGAUCUGCUCCAAAGGCCGGGGCAGGAUAUGAAUACGGCCGUGCAAGAGAGUUGAAACCCGCGGGGAAAAAGGAAAGUCCAGUUGAUGCAAGAAAUGGCCUUAGUCCCCCUGUCAGAACCAACAAAGCAGCAACGCCCGUGGGGAAGGUUCCCAAGGAAGUGGAUGAAGACGAGCCUCUCAAGCGUCCUCCUUACACCAAACCCGUACCAAACAAAGCAGCCAGCAGCUCUUCGGACGACAGUGAUUCCAGUGACGACAAGGUUGAAGCAGCCCCAGAGCCAACAGUCGAUGAGGUGCUCAGAGGUAAUAAGCCGAUUGUUAAAUCAGUGAGGACGAAACACACUAAACCUUUGCCGGACCAGGAGGUGGUUCCUGGAGGUGAUGAGAAGGAGAAAGUGGUGAACAAAGAAAACGUAGCCCAAGGUCGAAGAAUCUUGAGAUUCUUUGAUGGUGGUCGCGGCCAAAUAGACGAAGAAGAGAAGAUGAUGGAUCGGCUUCUGAGACACUACAGUAGGAAAAAGGGGUCGAAUAAACCAGAAGGGAAGCUGCCUCAGACAGAUUCAAGAAAAGAGAAGAACCUAAAGGGGCAAGAUGGUCCAACCAGAGCAUCGUCUCUUCGUGUCGAGCCAGUGGGUCCCGUGGACACUGAUCCUAGGAAGCAUUCUCGGGCUGCUUCGUUCCACCCGGGCAACCCGGGCAAUGCUCAUGUGCAUCCAAAUAUGCCUGACUAUGACGAGUUUAUGGCUCGGCUUGAGGCUUUUAGAAGAAAAUGAGGCCUACUAUAAUAUAGUGUGAGAAGAAGCAUUCAUUUAAUUCUUUAUAGUUUCAAGAUUAAGGUGUUGGUGAUAUAUCUCUUCACCUUGUUCAUCACUAUGAUAUUGUCUCAUCAGUUGGAAGCAGUACUAUCAGUGUAAAUUCAUGCAUCUUUCAUAUUCAUAAUCUUUAUGAAUAUUUGAAGCUAUCAAAUCUAACAUCUUUUAGUA